UCGCCUCCUCAUUUCCCUUCCGCUGCCUAUACCAUACUUCUGCCAUUGCCCACGGUAUCAUGGAAGGGGAAGAAGAUUGGAACGUGUUUCUUAGGGAUCAUCCUAUAUUCACUCUACCCAAGAGCACCUCCACCCCCACAUACAAGGACCAAACGUCACUUGAACUAUCACUAAACACGCUCCCAGAGUUCGCUAAAGCGGACCGCAAUAGUGAUGGUCCGACACCUUCAGGGAGACGACAAGUCAUAGUCACGAAAGAUUCAGAUAUUAUUGUUGCCGUCGGCAGCGAGAUCCGUAUGGCUUCCCUCGGGGGCUCGAAAUUGAGCAAGAGCCAAACGAAGACAUACAAAUCUCUCAAUACGCCAAAUGUUCCGUUCAAUAUUCACCAAAUGGCCCUCAAUCCGAAUGGCAAAUUUCUGGCUGUUGCAGGAGUUUCCCACGUUGCAGUCGUAGUGCUGCCUCGUCCGGGCUUCACAAAGCUGGUGCCUACUUCUGUAGACUGCAAGUCUAUCCAUGUUGGACAGUACUUCCACGGUACGAGAGACGCGCCACCAAUAGCCAAGAUCGACUGGCACCCUUGGGGAGACGGUGGAACAACGCUCAUGGUCAUGACUGUGGACGGCAAACUUCGGGAGUACGACAUUGCGAUUGACACAGAAGAACCACAACAGGUCUUGUCGUUCGUGCCCGAAAAGCUUCGUAAAUCUUUUGUUGCAGAGGACGACGCCGAACGCCAAGUCGCGUCCUUCACUCUCGGCAAGGGCAAGGCAGACUGGGGCCCCUUCAGUGUAUACGCCGUAAUGCGGAGUGGUGACAUAUACGCCAUCUGUCCCUACAUGCCGAAGAACGCCUCUGUGCCUUCGUCAUACGUUCAUGCCCUUGAAUGCUUUGUUGCUGCCAAGCAAGAGUUUCUCUCGCAAGGCGAGAGCUCAGGCAGCCCCUCAAGCGGCAGCAUGACUGGUCUCUACGAGAAUCAGCAUAAAUACGUCACCGCUUUGCUAAAGCAACUCCCUCCCGGUACAGCCUACCCCUCAAAGUCCCGCAGUGUUCUUAUGCAUCCUCCAACAACCAUGCGCACCCAGGCCAUCCGUCAGGGGCCGUUUCUUUUGCAGCCCGCGCCGCUUUCCAUAGAAGGGAGUGACGGCGGAGACGCAACUGACGUUGUAUAUCUUGCCUUCGGCGCAGAUAGCGAUGAGGAAGACGAGGGCGAGACGGAGAGACUUGGGGUGGUUCUUGUGGCCUAUCAAGAUGGCAAGGUGGACGUCUUCUUGGAUGUUGAAAAGGUUGAAGCGCGGUGGGAACGGAAGCAUGUCCGUGCUGAGGAAUUGCCCAUGCUUGCCGUGUACGAAACCGUAGAUCUUGGCCUCGUGUCGUCGUUAACCAAGAUUUCUUCUGACCAACGGAUCCUCGAUCUUUUGCAAGGAAACUACCCAGUAUUCCUCCAAGAUCCAAUACGCGACGAGACUGUCUAUGUUUAUCAUGCCUUCGGUGUGCAUGCAUUGCGCCUUGCUCAGCUUCUGCAGAAUCUUGCAAGCGCUCUGCGAGAUGACAUCAGCAGCGACGGCGGAGAAGCACUGGCCAGCGCACUAGACGGGGUUGGAGGGGCAACUGUACAACCUAUCCUCAUCACGUACUCCGUCGAGCGAGUGUGCUCGAACCCUGUUGUAGGCGUCGCGAUACCCAGUGAUGUGUAUCUGACAUAUAGCAUAUUCAUAUUAACUUCGGCCAUGCGAACUGUCGUCCUUCCAUUGACACUUGAAUCGGACCCGAUCGCCAACGAGCUAUCACCCUCCUCGGUCAAUGGAGCCUCCGAUCUCAAGUCCUCGGCCGCUUUCCUUGCGAUUGAGGGGCCACCUGCUUACGUACCACUAAUUAACGAGCCCUUCCGCGCGCCGUCAAUACUCACACGACCAAACGGUCUUCCUGGGAACCCAUUGCUUGCGACACCACCGCCUAACGGUGCAAAUAGCGCGAACGUACUUACACCGGAGAUUCUGCGCUACCUUGGCAAGAGGGUCGAGAGAUUCACUGGGCAGAUCCGUGACACCCUCCUCGCAGCGCGCACGAUGGAGGGGCAUGUUCAGCUGCAGAAGACCGAGUUCCAGCGACAACAGCAGAAAGCUCUGGAAGUCCUGGAUAGGAUCGAAAAGUUGCGGGGCGAGCGGCAGGAAGCGACCAGGACACGGCUAGAACAAGUUGGGAACAGCCAGAAGGAGCUGAUGAGCAGGGUAGAUCGGGUGCUAACCGCCAUGAUGCGGAACGCAAGUCCAGAGGUCAGCGAGCAUGAACGGAAGUGGUUUGAGGAGCUCAAGCGUAUGCGGGACGAGGUGGUCGGUCGGGGGAAGUACGAUCAGGAUUCGUUAAUCGCACGAACGAAUACGCUGUGUCGUGAGCUCGAUCGGCUGCUGCCAAGCCUAAAGGAGUUGCAACAUAAAGAGGAGAAGUUGCGGAAGAAGAUGCUUGCGGAUGGCGUGUCGGGCUUGGGUGUCUCGCAGGCAUUCGAGUUGGGCGAGCGCGCGAGCUCAGAACGUGCUAGGAUCGGUGACAUUGAGAAGGAGGUGCUAAAACUGGCUACGAAGUUGGAUGUAACAUUAGGGAAGCCUCCGUCGCUGCAAAGAGGGAACUCAGGAGCGACUAGUGACGUGUUGCACUGAUAUUCUUCGCUAUCCUGCUAGUACUUGAAUGCUAGUCCCGGUCUUCCGAUUUCGGACCCAGAUUAAAGGAAUAUUGAAACUCGCGGGAGCUGGGCUCACCUCGAACAACGAAGAUACUGUUCUCUCGCACUCUGCUUGCAAUACUUGGUAGCUCUCUAGAGAGGCUCAGCCUACGUCAUGCAGAAGGAAGGAAUGUCUCGCUGUCGUAUACAUGUGAAUUAUCGUAGCUUUUGUUGUACAGAACGAGACAUGUGCUAGUUCCUCUUUUUGUUACAGCUACUAUACAACACACAUACAAGUUCCUACAGCCACCUCCUGCUUCGGUAAUGCAUCCAGUACCUUACGUCGACGUGCUCUUAUCGUCUCGUUUCAGCCCGAAGUCGAAGACUGGAGAUAUAGCAAU